CGAUCUUGAAGGAGACGUUUAACUAAAUCUCGCGACGAUUACCGAAUUUAACAUCAUAAGAACACCAGUACUUCAUACUUCUGACUACUAAAAGGCCCUGAAAGAUGUCGAAUUGGGAUAAAGCUUUGAAAUUCCAUAUUGCUCACCAGGCAGGAGACUUCCUUUAUCAGAGUCAUAUUUAUCAGAAAGCUAUUGAUCUGUACAAAGAGGCUCAAGUCUUGUUGAACGAAUGUGGACUUGAAAUUGAAUCUUUCAAUUUCGGUCAAAUGUUGUUGCAUUACAAACUAGCCCUUUCAUACUUAGGUCUAAAUGAUUUUACGGAAGCAUUGGAAAGCUACCGGAGGCUUUUACGAGUCAACGAAGGAAUUGGGAAUAAAGACUGGGAAGUAAGAGCAUAUAGAGGCAUCAGUGACAUUCACUGUUCAAUGGGUCAACACGUUCAUUCGAUUUUAUUUUUAAGGAAAUUACUUCAAGUUGCAAAAGAAACUGGGAACAAACGGGAUGAAAUAGCAGCUUUUGCAACAAUGGGAGAUUCUUAUUACUAUCUGGGUAAGCAAGAUUUAUCCAUCAAGUGUCAAAGUGACGCGCUGAAAAUCUGCAAAGAGAUCGGAGAUAAAGAAACGGAAGGAGAUAUACUUCGUGAGCUUGGUGGCAAAUACAGAAACCUUGCUCGUUACCCAGAAGCAAUCAGAUACCUGGAGAAGUCCUUGGAGAUAUUCAAAGAAAUUGGCAAAAGCAGAAAAGAGGGAUAUUCGUAUCAAUAUCUUGGAAUGACUUAUCACGAGAAGGGGGAUUACAACAAGGCAUUAGAAUGUCAUUUUCAGUCACUGCGCCUGAUGGCAGAACAUGGAGAUGAGGUCGAUGCAGGUGUCUGCUACAAUAACAUUGGCACGACAUAUAAUGCAAUCUCUCGGAACAAUGACGCACUAGCUUACUUCAAAACAUCUCUUGAAAUUAUGAAAAAAUGUGGAUCCAAAGAGCAAUUAGGACUAGCCCAUCACAGCCUUGGUCUAUGCUACACUCCGCUCGGUCAGUUUGCAAAAGCCUUGGAACACCAGGUUGAAGCUGUAAAUAUUCUAGGAGAAACUGGGAACAAACUCCGCGUGGGUCGAGCUCAUAAUCUUCUAGGUAACAUAUACAAUGCGAUUGGCCAGAAAAAGGAAGCUAUGAAUAGUUUUACUGAAGCUAUUAGAUGCAGUCAGACAAUUGGGGAUAGGAGAAGUGAAUCAGGUUCCUACCUUGGUCUCGGGGAUGUAUGUAUUUGCCUGGGAAAUCCUGGUGAGGGAGAGGAGUAUACAAAGAAGGCUCUGAGACUUACUAAGGAAACUGGAGAUAAAUACAACGAGGCCAUGAGCUACGGCAGUCUGGGGUUCUGCUACAUGUGUUGCGGCCGAUUUAAAGAGUCUAUAGAGAACUUCAACUUGGGGAUUUCUAUCAUGCAAGAAUUAAAUGAUAAAAGAGGCGAAGCUACAGCUUUGAUUAAUCUUGGAUCAGUUUACGAGACCCUUGGCAAUCUGAAGAAAGCGAAGCAAAUCCUGCAGAAAGCCCUAAAAAUUACAAGAAACAUUGGAGAUACAGGAAAAGAACACGAGGCUCUUACCUUUCUCGGGAUUUGUAAUAGGAGAGAGGGAGAGCUAAAGAAAGCACAUGAUUUCUUUUCUGAGAGCAUUACUUGCGCUGAAAGAAACCGUGAACUGCUGCGCGACGAACAUAAACUUUCACUGGACAACAUGACCUUUACCAGCUAUUACGAAUUAUGUUCGCUUCGUAUCAGUCAGGGACAUUUCGCCGAGGCGCUGUGUACCGUAGAGCGUGGACGUGCACGAGCUCUCGGCGACUUACUGUCCAAGAAAUAUGGCAUCCAAAGACACAAUUCACACGAAUUUUAUCUUAAUUGUCUCAGGAAUCUUUCCAUCAAGAACCCGAGUACGAUCCUCUUCAUGGCUACGCAUCGGUUUGACAAAUAUUUCUGGGUUUUGGAGGGUGGAGAAAUUCAAUUUAAGUCUUUGAAAUGUAAAGUGGCGAAGGACGCCAUAGAGUUGCUCAAGAGUUUGCUAAGAGGGAAAUCUGUGCCUGAAUGCGAAGAUCGCUCAUUGUCAGCAUACUAUGGAUUAAAAUCAUCAUCUAGGGAAAUAAAAGGAAAAAGCAGGCAGCGUCUCGUAGAAGAAGAGGAGGAAGAGGAAGAAAAGGAGGACACUGACCUCUACCAGUGGUAUAAUGAUAUUUUCGCCCCUAUCGCUGAUCUUGUUCAUCGUCAAGACAUCAUCAUCAUCCCAGAAGGAGAGGAUUUUAUGGUGCCAUUUUGCGCAUUAUGUGAUCACAACGACAAAUUCCUGUCAGAGACCUUCCGGAUCCGCCUGAUUCCAUCACUGACAGCACUAAGGAUGAUCCAGGACAGUCCUGAAGAUUACCACAGUGUAACUGGGGCAUUGAUCGUUGGUAAUCCCUCUGUUCCCCCACAAACGAAGUUACCAUCACUGCCGGGAGCAAGAAGAGAAGCACUGGAAAUUGCAGAAUUGUUGGGUGUGUCGCCUACUGUGGGAGACGAAGCCACCAAAAAGCACGUUCUCCAACGGAUUCGGGAAGUCAGCUUGAUCCACAUUGCUGCCCACGGUGAUCCAGAAAGAGGGGAAAUUGCUCUUGCCUCAAGUUUUCCAUCCAGACGAAGUCCAAGGAAGGAUGACUUCAUGCUUACCAUGGAAGACGUCGCAAAAGUUGGUACCCGAGCCAAGCUGGUUGUACUCAGCUGUUGUCACAGUGGCAAGGGACAGAUUAUGAAAUCAGAGGGAGUUGUGGGUAUCUCUCGCGCCUUUUUGGCAGCGGGAGCUCGCUCAGUGCUGGCUACCCUGUGGGCCGUGGAUGACAGAGCCACGAAAGAGUUCAUGAUUCGUUUCUACGGACAUCUUAAGCGCGAUAAACUGAGUGCCAGUGAGGCCCUUCACCAGACCAUGAAGUGGAUGAGAGAUUCCAAGAGAUACAGAGUCAAUGAGUGGGCACCAUUUGUUCUGUUCGGAGAUGACGUCAAUCUGGACUUAUAA